AGACUCCGCGCGCGUGAGGCUGGAGGCUGGUUUCCGCCUGCGCCUGCGCCCCCACUGUCCCGGAGCACCUUCCCGGCUCCGCGCACAGCUUGCGCCACGUAGCCUUGACCCGCGACUCCCCGGCAGCUCCCGCGGACGCCCCGACGAAUCGAUUCGCAAGCUGGCAGCGAUUGAGUCGCAGGGGCGUCCCGAGGCCAAGAGGCGCGCCGCCAUGCAAUCCACUCCCGACUGGCCCCCAACGCCGGGUGCCCUACGGCCGUCUCCUUUCCCGCACCCUGUACUGCACGCCCUCCACCGCCUGGCCCGAGGCCUGCUCUUCCCGGCUUACUGGGCCCUGGACCAGCUGCUGGGCUGCUGGGCGCCGGCGGUGCGCCCGAGCUGCCAGAGCGCGCUGACCUCAGCCGUGGGCGCCGCGGCGACGCUGCCGCUGCUGCUCCUGGUCGGCCUGCCCCUGGCGCUGCCGGGCCUGCUGCUCUGGCUGCUCCUGCAGGCUUGGCGCCGCCCCUUCUGCUACCGGCCCCCGCCGCAGUACUGGGCGCCCCCAGCGCCCUGGCGCCCCCCAGCUGAGCCCGCGCGCUGCUUUGGCUUCCUCAGCGCCAACCUGUGCCUGCUCCCCGACGGGCUAGCACGCUUCAACAACCUGCGGCACAGCCAGCGGCGGGCGGAGGCUAUAGGCGCCGCGCUGCUCGCCGGCCUGCGGCCCUCGGGCUAUGGGACUACGGGCUGCAGUCCGCCGGGGCCGGGGACGCCCGGGGGGGUGCUGACAGCCGCGGUGCCGGCAGGUCUGGACUUCGUGUGCCUGCAGGAGGUGUUCGACCUGCGCGCGGCGCACCGCCUCGUCAGCCGCCUGGAGCCCAAUCUGGGCCCGGUGCUGUACGACGUGGGCUCCUUUGGCCUGCAGCCCGGGCCGCACCUCAAGCUGCUCGGCAGCGGGCUGCUGCUGGCCUCACGUUAUCCGCUGCUGCGCGCAGCCUUCCGAUCCUUCCCCCACGCACGUCGCGAGGAUGCGCUGGCCUCCAAGGGACUGCUUUCCGCACAGGCGCAGGUGGGCAUCCUGGACGGGCGCCGCAUCGUGGGCUUCCUGCACUGUACGCACUUGCAUGCGCCGAGUGGGGACGGGCCCUUGCGCUGCAAACAGCUGACGCUUCUGCUGGACUGGAUGGAGCAGUUUGAAGCCGAGAGCCGCCAGAGUGGCGAGGCCGUGGCCUUCAGCGUGCUUCUGGGUGACCUAAACUUCGACAACUGCUCUUCAGACCACGCAAAGGAGCAGGAGCACGAGCUCUUCAGCCACUUCUGGGAUCCCUGCCGGCUGGGCACUCGCCGGGAGCAGCCCUGGGCCCUGGGCACGAUGCUGAACACCUCCACUCUGCACCACUCGGUGGCCUGCUCCCCAGAGAUGCUGCGGAGGGCCCUGGAGCAGGAGGAAGGGCGCCACCGCUACCUGGCAGGCCCUCCCGCCAGAGGCCCGCGGGCUAAACCCUGGCGGGGCCGGCGCGUAGACUACGUCAUGUACCGGGGAGUGGCCGGAGGCCCGCUGAGCCCAGAGGUGGAGCAGGUGACCUUCAGCACCGCCCUGGCGGGGCUCACAGACCACCUGGCCGUGGGACUUCGGCUCCGAGUGUCCGCGCCCUCCUGACGCACGCACGCACGCAGGCCGGGUGGAAAGACGGACACGGACGCAGAGCGUGAGCCUGGCCAGUUGCCGCGGGGACGGGGCGACUUCAGAGCUGUUUAUUGUGGGGACCCUCCCUCACACUGCCUCCUGGGCUCUGCGGUACUCAUAGACGCUGCCGCGCUCAGGGAAGGCUGGGAGCUGCUGGGGCGACCCCGGCGGCUGCGGGGCGGGGUCAUCCGGGUCCCCAUAGCCCCCGCCGCCUGGUGUGUGGAGGCAGAACACGUCCUGUGGAACAGAAGGGUAGGCUCAGCGCGGGCAUGCCCUCCCCGCCAGCUGCCUCCCGCUGCAGGCCCC